AUGGGUGUUAAAUUUGUAAAAAGAAAAUUCUGCUAUAUUCCAAAAAAAAAAUAUGAUACAAAAGCAUCAAAGGUCGAAAAGAAAUGUGAAAAGAAAGAUAAAUAUGGCCGUCGUCAUGACUACCCUUCUCCAGCCACCAAUUAUUCAAAUGAUGGUUAUAAACAAAGAAAACUUCAAUACAAAAACCAAUCAUUACAAAAGAAAACAGUCAUCUUAUUAACAAAACUUCAACGUAUCGAUUCAAAACUUUAA